GGACAACCUGCUGGAUGUGGAGUUUUGACCGCCAAAGAAUGGUGUUAUUUUGCAUUGGUUUAGAUUAUGUUUGAGUUUGUUGCCUCACUGCUGCAACUCCUACUCUGUGCAUUGGCCAAGCAUUGUUUCCAAUUUAAUGCCUGAGACAUCCCCUACUGUUGCUGACCCUUGGUUGCAGAAUCUCAGAGUUGCAAAAGCUGGUCAAACUCAUCAAAUGGAAAAAUACUUCUAGCUAAGCAGGUACUCAUCAAACUCAUCACCCCAGAUUUCAAGAGCCGACUCAGAUUGAGGCUUCCAACCAGUCAGAUACUGAUGCUUCUGCCAUCCUUGCUGAAAAUAUGGCCACGAGACCGCGGAGCGCAGGAUGGUGAUUUCAUUUGGAUCUUGGACGAGGAUUACAACCUUGUCAUCGCACCGAUCAUGCAGCGCCGUGGGCAAAAACUGGUUGAGGUGAAACAUGGAGAUUUAGCACCUGGUAAGACCUUCUUCGGUGAGAAUGGCAUCGCAGGUCCCUACCGAGGCCUUGCACGGCUCGGUGGCGAAUUUAACCUGGCAGGCAAUCGCAAUGGUUCUGAGUGGAUCAUGCACGCGAAAUCUGGAUAUACCGCCUACCGUGUCCCUGUGGCACAGGCGGCAAGCUAUUACGAUGUACAGAUCCAGGCUGGCCGCAACGAGACGGACAUCGCGAAGAACUUUCAAAGAUGUGUGUAUAGAGAGAUCUACAGAGUUCGAGAGGCACUGGUUCGCUUGUUUUGCUUUAUGCGGCGACAUGGGGUCAAAGUAUCCUUGGGCGAAUUUCGGCAAUGUGACAUCCGCUCCAGCGCAGGAGGACUUCCGGAUCUUCAACAGUGUACAGUGAAAGAUCCUGGAAACGCUUCAAUUUGUUCAUAUCAGUCCACAGAGGAUGACCAAGUCACCACCAUGCACAUCAUUGAUUGGUAUGCGCCAGGGCAGGACAGAUGCAAAUUAAGUGUUGCUGACUAUGGCGCUUUGUUGAAGAACGUCGAGAUGGAUUUGAUGCGCUUAGUUGAAGGUGAUUUUUUGAAGCCUUCAAUUGUACAGAAGCAGAUCCGAUCUCUUCGAAAGCAUUCCUGUCUUUUCUCGAAGGAGUUUACGGAUCAGCUGCACUGCAAUGUGCACGGCUGCUUCGGCGAUGGCUUCACUAGGAAGCUGAAAGAGGUAGAGCAGAUGCUUGUGACAGACUUGCAAGAGGCUAACAGGCUUUGGUCCUUGGCUUCAACAGCUUGGAAGGAUUGCAAGGAUGGUGAGCCGACCAUGACUGGCCUGGAGGCAAGCUCUUGAGGUGAGCAUGAGAUGGACAGUGUCGUUCAGUGUCCAACAGUGUGACUCAACCGUCCCAACCUUGACCGCACAGCAACAAGUAUCCCUACUACAGUGGUUUGGAGGGUCACGGCUUAGGAGGGUUGAAACUUAAGACACAACAGAACACACAUGCCGCCACCC